UUCUGUGAAAAAGUUUUAUUUAUAAAUAUUAAGUGAUAUUAAAAAACGUGACAAACGUUUGGUUUUUGACAAAUUGAAGACAAUUUGUGGUUAAGAUAAUGGCAUCACAUGAGACACCGGCGACCACUUCUUCGGCGGCUGAGAAGACGUCGAGCGACGAGAAGAAGCGUCCGAUUUGUGUAAUACUGUUAGGAAUGGCCGGAAGCGGGAAAUCAACUCUUUGUGGCAAACUUUGUGAACACCUCUUCGCCAAGAAGUCGAUGCCAUAUGUGGUUAACUGCGAUCCGGCGGUUGUGUCCACGCGUUUCCCCACAAACAUCGAUAUCAGAGAUACAGUCAAUUACAAGGAAGUGAUGAAACGAUACAAAUUAGGUCCCAAUGGAGCCAUCAUUACGUGUCUCAAUCUGUUCGCCACUCAAUUGGAUCAAGUGAUCCAAUUGGUGGACAAGAGGGCAGACACUCACGAAUAUGUGUUGUUUGACACUCCGGGACAGAUAGAGGUGUUCACGUGGUCGGCGUCGGGCGCUAUAAUGACGGAAGCGUUGGCCGCGCGCUUCCCGACAGUUAUUGUCUUUGUUUUGGACACAAUUCGUAGCGAAAAUCCGAUAACUUUUAUGUCAAAUAUGUUGUACUCGUGUUCUGUUGUCUAUAAAUACAAACUCCCGAUAAUUAUAGCAAUGAAUAAAUGCGAUGCCAUUGACUGCAAGUUCGCCAUCGAUUGGAUGAAAGACUGGCAGCUGUUCCAGGAGGCCAUCGAGAAGGAGACCUCUCAUAUGGCAAACCUGACCCGAUCUAUGGCUUUGGUUUUGGACACAUUCUACGAGAACUUGAAGGCUGUGGGCGUCUCCGCCACCACUGGUCAGGGAUUAGACGAACUCAUGGAUGCCAUCAAAGAGGCGGCCGUUGAAUACGAAAGGGAUUACAGACCCGAAUACGAGCGCAUCAAACGUGAGGCCGAAAUCGCACGAAACAAACAACGAGAACAACACAUCCAGAAAGUGAACAAAACUGAAGAAUUGCUCACUUUUGGCGACCCAUCGGCCACUGCUCGUAGGGAUCGUAGGGAUGACAGCGAUUCCGAUUCAACCACUGAUCACGAGUUAGAUCCUGUGGAGGAAGAGGAAGAAGAUAUGAUCUCAAGUCUGACCACUCCCUGUCAGUGUAAGGGAACCGCUAAAUACGUUCACAUGAAAUGUCUUAAGAGAUGGCUUAUAUCGAGGCGAACAAACCGAACGGGAAGACCGCCGAAGAAGUGUGAGAUCUGUCGAUCAGAUUAUAUCUAUGUCUAUAAGAACCGAACCGAUAGAGUGUUGGCAGUUAUUGACGACAAAUGGCAAGCCUUUCAUCACUUUGUAUUCAAUAGGAAUCUGCAGUUAUUUGCAAUGAUUUUGGCCUUAAUUUUAUGCUUAUUAACAGUGAAUAUAUAUUACAUGUUAUUUACGGGUUCUUUAGAUGUGACCAUUCAUUCGGCACAACUGCCAGACAUGGAUCUACUUAUUUGGCACAAAUCGGAUGCCUAUUCAAUAGUAUGUGUGGACCGGGACUGCGAUUGCGAGACAGACAUCCAUAACGAUAAUAAUAACCCGAAUUGGAAUCACGAAUGUCUGAAUUGGAAGAAUAAAUCGGUUUCAAUCUUAAGUAAAGUGACAUUUCUUGUAUACGAUGCGGAUCACGGCCACGACGACGACUUCAUCGGUGGUGUCAGUCUCUCUGUCUAUCAAAUGCUUAUCUAUGGAUAUAAUGGCAAAGAUGUGAUCCUAAAAUGGGAUAAACCAUACGCUGGGAGUCUUGCUAUUAAAAUGAAUUGGUGGCCAAAAAUGUUUCAACUAUUCACUCAUUUUGUGUAAAAUCAUCAAUAAUUGUGAUUUUUAUUGUAAUAUCUAUCGAUAAUUUGUGU